CACUGCCUGCCAGCACCAAUCUACUUUGAAGCGGAUGAUAGGCACUGAAGAACUUCCAUAUGAAGUUUGCGUCAAAUGUGACAAAGCUGACCAUUGAGCAAGAAACUGUUCUUGCCUUGACUGCUGACAGUAUGCUAUUCAAAUUGGACAAGUAGGAGACAAAAGAAGUUGACUGUUAAACUUUGCAAAAACAAGGAGCCGGCAGUCUACAGAAAAGCUCGUUACAUGCUCUCCUCUCCCAUGAUCCCCUGAAGUUCACUCAUGUCCCAGGAAAUACGCAAAAGCGAGAAGUUAUCAAGGAAGUGAAUGAGAGAGACCUAAGGAAAUUCAGACUGAACUUCAAGUCCUUGCCGGGUGUUGGCAUCUGUCACCAUCACGGCCAGGAGAGGAGACAGGACCAUGUGGCUGUUCCCAGCUCUGCUCCUCUUCCUCCCAGGCUUCUCCACUGCUCCGGAUCCAAUCACAGGGCCAGACAUGAUGAGGGGUCAGGAGCAGGGCUCCUUGACUGUGCGGUGUCCUUAUGACUCAUCCUGGAAGGAUUACAAGAAGUUCUGGUGCCAAGGAGCUGUUUGGAGAACAUGUGAGAUCUUCAUUCAAACCGAUGCAUCAGAGAAGUUGGUGAGGAAGGACCGUGUGUCCAUCAGGGACGACCAGACAAACUUCAUCGUCACAGUGACCAUGGAGGACCUGAGGAUAAGCGAUGCUGGCAUUUACUGGUGCGCGAUUGAGAAUACUGGACCUGAUCCCCAUUUUAAAGUUAAUGUGAACAUUGACCCAGCCCCAGAAACUUCAACUAUAACAAUGACAACCAUGGCCCCAGUUCUGACAUCCACACCAUCAACCAUGGAGAACACUGGCAACUAUGGAGGGACUCAAACCAACACCCACACCUGGUCCCUGCUGAGCAGCAUCUACUUCAAGCUCCUGGUUUUUGUGGAGGUGCCCCUGCUCCUGGGCAUGCUCAGUGCACUCCUUUGGGUGAACAGGCCUCAGAGGUGCUCUGGGGGAGGUGAAGUUGGCCUGGUGAAGGCCCAGAGUCCUGAUGCCCAGGAAAGAGAGAAACACCUUCCAAAUGAUAGAAAAUAAUACCUCUAUCCCGGGUGUGUGUGUGUGUGUGUGUGUGUGUGUGUGUGUGUGUGUGUGUGUGUGUGUGUUUAUCCAUUGUGGGUGCAUAUGUGUAUGUAGAGGACAAAUUCAGGUGUCAUUGUACUAUUGUCUGAGACAGGAUUUCUCAUUGCCCUGGACUUUUGCUAAGUAGACCAGGCAGCUGGUGGGGAAAUCCAGGGAGCUACCUGACUCUACCUCCUAGCUGGGCUAUACAAACACGCAAAACUGCCCCAGCUUUACAACACACACACACACACACACACACACACACACACACACACACACACACACACACACAUAGCUUAAAGUUUUCCUGCCUGGCCCACAGUCAGGACAAACUCUCUCACCCGCCAGUCCCACAGCCACUCAGACCCGACCAAGUAAACACAGAGACUUAUAUUGGUUACACACUGUAUGGCCGUGGCAGGCUUCUUGCUAACUGUUCUUACAGCUUAAAUUAAUCCAUUUCCAUAAAUCUAUACCUUGCCACAUGGCUUGUGGCUUACCGGCAUCUUCACAUGCGGCUUGUCCUGAUGGCGGCUGGCCGUGUCUCCCUCACCCAGCAUCCUGUUCUCUCAAUUCUCCUCUCUGUUAGUCCCGCCUACACUUCCUGCCUGGCCACUGACCAAUCAGUGAUUUAUUCAUUGACCAAUCAGCAACACAUUUGACAUACAGACCAUCCCACAGCACACACACACAGGACAAAACAAAAUAAAAAACCCAUGGGCUGUGUUGGUCUCACUCAUGUGCUUGCACUUACAAGAAAGGCAAGUUCUUUACCAGCUGAGCCAUCUCCCUAGCCUAGAAAAGAAUAUUUCUAUGAGGAAAUGACUGUGGUCUGCAGUACCAUGACUCUGGGGUACUGUGGGGUCAGACACCUCUUAUAGCAGGACAGCUGAGGUUCUGGAACCCACUCAGGUUCUCCCUCUCAGAAUAUCCUACAGUGCCUCCCUAGGCCUUUCUUCCUCUGAUGGCCUCCAGUGGAGGAGAAAAUACAAGAUAAGUCAUGUUUCUUUUUAGGGCCCCAGUUCCCUGGAGGACAAAGUCUCUGGGCCACCAUACAGGUGUUUAACCAAAUAUCUGGGAAAUGUGGCUUCACCAAGAGGCAUAAAAGUUUGCAUAAAAGUCAUUUUGGAUGUCUGUAGCUUACAGAGAGAAAACACCCUGCCUUUUUGUCAACACAACUCAGUGACUAAACCUGUUCCAAACACAGAUGGAGCAGUUGACUGAGUCUCUGUGCCACAUGUCAGGGUUCCCAAGGUGUAGCUCAGUCUUGGUCCCUGAAGUCCAGAUAUUCGGCUCAGUGAGACCAAAUGAGGAGUGUUGUGGAUUAUUAUUGUAACUUUGUAAAAAUGUGUUACAUUUGUUUAUGUUGCAGAAUAUUACUUUAACUGUGUAAAAAUGUGUUACAUUUGUUUAUGGUGGAUUUGUUUAAUUAUGUAAAGAUGUGUGGCUGUUCCUCCUUACCUG